AUACUUUCGUCCCCCUCCCAGCGCAUACAUAGUAGAAAUGUUUGUUGCGAUGCAACGCAACAACUAGCACCAUCCUUGGGCGAACACUAUGAGAUGAUGGGCUUUGCAAAUCUGUAAUGUUGGUGACGAGUGACGACAUGCUUGCCUUUCCCCGGAUGAUGUGUUAAUAGCAAAGGAGAAGGCCCUGGCUAACGUGGAAAGCAGUGAUUGAGUCUAUAUCAAAUAACCAUAUCGGUAGUGUAUGCGUGUGUUUUACUCUUUCCAUAAAUGUUAGGUAUGUAUGUGUGUAUGUGCGUUAGUUAAUCAUACAUUUCAACCGCGGACGCCGCGAUUCGUUCUUUUUUUAUGUUUCUUUUUGCUUGCGUAUAAUGUACAGGGUAUAGUCCAAGCAGAAGCAGCUGAAAGAGCAGUCAAGUCAGAUCGGUCCUACAUAGUCAGGUCUACUCAUUCAUCCAUACAUCCAUACAUCCAUACCUACCUUACCUACCUACCAACCUACCUACACACAUACAUGGUAGUGAGGUAGUAUCUAUGCGGCAGAAAAGGAUGUGUGGGGCAGAAC